CCCGAAACUCGUUUAUCUCGAAUGGACCACGCAAUAUUUUCAGCACCCGAUGGAGAUCAGUAGUAAAAACUUGGAAGAGGAGAAGAAAUGACAAUGCGCACGAACUGGUUCGAUAGCUUUAUGAAUAUUACUUACAAAUUCGAACCUAUUUACUAUCAAAAUGAGGAAACAUAGCUUUGUUUGAAAUAACUCAAGCCCUCUUCCAUUUUCGACUAUUUUCUACAGUAGCACCAUCUUCACUGAAGGUAUAUUUGUUGGUUAAUUCUAAAAUGGGACAUCCUGUUUUAUUGUAAUGCCAUCAAUAUAUACACUGCGUAGUAGAUCUGUGAAUCACAAGCAUAUCAAUAUAUGCUUGAAUAUGAGUUAUCUCCGCUACGACUGCGAUAUCUGUUUCAUCUGAGCGGUCUUUCGGCGGAGUGUAUACAGUAAAAGGUAUGGUAUAUUCGUUAAACAAAAACGUGUUCGACAGAGAGACAAAGAGAAAGAACAAGAGAAUGAGUAAGAAAGAAUAUUGUUUCUCAGUAAUCAUAACAUGGAUGAUGUUUUAUUUUUCAGCUGGAAAUCUUUUUUGUCUAUUUCAUGACAUCAGCACUUGUAAAGGGAAGGAAUCACUGGAUGAAGUGUUUAAUUCAGAUUUCAGAAGUGAGUCACAGAAGAAAAGAUAUGAGGAAGAAAGAAACAUGUGACAGAUUGUCUGACUAAAGGAGAUAUAGAUGUAGUUAUUUGAAACGAUAAGACAUUGUAGUGGGACCAAAGAGCAGUGGGGACAGUUAGGUGUUCUAGUAUAGCGGUUAGUGAAGAUUUUUCAAAUUCACAGAAUGGUUUUCUUUUGGAUGCAGUCAGACACGUUAGAAAUACUUCAACGUGUAUCUUACUUGGACAUAUAGCUAAUCUGCAUUCAUUCACUCCAGCAUAAUUAAAGACACUUCUAGUUUUACGUAUUUGAUUCAUUUAUUAGAAAAUGGAUAUUGGAUGGAAGUGAAAUAGUUUGAAUUGGGAGUGAAACCAAAUUGAAAACCUCGAACCAAACUUGAUUACAUUUACUUCAUUGUAAACACCAUUGUUUGGUAUGAUGUGUUACGACGUUAGCUGCAAUAUGGAAGACAACCAGACGACAGAGUAUUCCUACUUAAACAACAGUGUUUACCAUCGCUAUUCAUGGCCUGUUGGCAUUUUUAAAGAAUUCUGUCCCGUAGCGCUCUAUGUUGACCGCUACGUUACAAUAGUUUGGUAUAUCAUUGGACUUUUUACAAACCCAAUUUCAGCCUUUCUAUGGAUGCAGCCACGUAUCAGACGCAAUAACUCUUCGGCAAUCUAUUUGGCUGCUUUGUCAAUAACCGACUUUAUGUUCCUGUGGCUACAUUUUAUAAAUGAACUACAAAUAGCUUGGGGUAUUUCAACCGUUGCUUACACUGGAAUAUGUGAAUUGUACAACUUCAUCUACAUGAUCCCACAGUAUAUGGCACCACUUAUUGUUCUUGCUUUUACAGUGGAACGAUGGAUUGCGGUGUGUAAGCCAUUCCAAAAAGAAAAAUAUUGUACUGUUAACAGAGCUAUAUAUGUUGUCUGUGGACUCAUCGUCACGUGUACGUCGCUUGCUUCAAUUCAGAUCUACAUUUGGUACUACGAUGAAAAGUUUCAAAUUUGCACAUACCGAGAAGGUCAGAUCGAAAACUACAGUUUCACAAUUAUUUGGAAUUGGUUAAGUGAGUUAACUAUAUUUGGUAUUGUGCCGAUUUUUGUGCUCCUUUUUAAUAUACAAGUAAUUCGCGAAAUUAGGAAGAUUACAAAGUCUAAUCCGAUUCAAAUCCCUUACCAGACAACGACAUCAAACAGCAACGCUGCUUCGACUAUAACUUUAUUGUCCAUUUCUUUUUACUUGAUCUUCACUACUCUUCCAGUAACUCUUGUGUUUGUUGUUGAAAGUAACAUCCAUUUAGGAAAUUUUAACAUGACAGAUCAAGAAAUCCGAUCCGACCCGGUUUGGAACAGAUAUUUCACCUUCUUAGCAAUUCGAAGAUUUACUGAGGAACUAUGCUUCUCACAUUAUGCAUGCUAUUUUUUUGUUUACUGUUUAACGGGGCCUCAGUUCAGGAGAGCUUUCAUCUCUUAUGUCCCUAGAAAGCUUUGUCCGGCAGUAAAAUCUAAACAUGUAGGAUAUACUUCCGUAGCAGGAAAUGGAAGAACCGGAAAUGAGACAUGCACAACUUACGUGUGAAUUUUUCUGCAACAGAUUAUACUUUAGAUAAUGUUCCAAUGUAUAUUUCUCUUCUUAUUCUUAAAGAAAAUGUUUAUAAACCAAACUUGACAUGUUCGGCUUUGACUGUUAAUAUGUAGAAAUAUGUAUAUCUGUGUAUGUAUUAAUAGCCUGAACAAAUAAAUCAUAUAUCUAAAAUCUGAACAAAAUAUAAUUAAAUUCCAAAACAAUGAAGCAAGGAGAUGUAUUUGGAAGAUAGAUUUUCAUAGCGACAUUUGAUUCACGCACACAUAUGAUGCAUAAUUUUCAAACCGUUAAUUUCCAAAGUAAAAUAGAGACAUGUUUAUGAAAUUUGAAUAGCUGUUUCGUGAAAACUUGUUACACACAAUUUGGCUGCUCUUGCGUCUCAUUCAUUAAAAUAUCAUGGAAAAAACAUUCUAGUUAAUGAAGAAACCAACUGGAUCAAUCAUUUUAUGCUCUCACUUUACAUAUUUCUAUUAUUAUUAUUUUUCUUUGUCCUCAUCGCAUGUUUGCUAUUUAAUCUAUUUCAUUCUUCUUUUCUCUUCUUGGACCCACAAAUACAUAUGAAUUGAUCUAUAUGUAAACAAAAACUUAUGCCUAUACUUUAAUGCAUGUAUACAUGUUUACUUAUGACUAGUUUCGUUUAAAUACAGAAAUCACACACUGAACUUUUGUGAAAUUUCUCAAAAUAAUUGCUUCAUUUUAAAGCUUUCAUUUAUUUAUUUAUUUAUUUCAAUAAUAUUACAUUGACCUUAUCUUCUCUACAAAUCAUUGUACUAACGCUUCCUGUUCCAUACUUUUUAAUUUCCAUGCCUUUCUUCAAAACUGUGUCAUUAAAUUUGAGACGGAGACGUUGUGAAGACUUAUAGUAAUUAUAUUAUUUUCUUUCGGUAGUCAUUAGCUUAAGCCUUUGAGGAAAUUGAUUAGUGUUCGUGUAUAUCUAAUAAAAAAUCUUUUCAUCGUUG